AAGGACCAGCCAGACUUUGUCCAAGCAGCCUGGCAGGGCUGUGUCCCUGGAGUCAGUGCAGGACACAAGCUCCAGAGGGUGGCAGGUGGGGUGGCAACCUCAUAGGGGACACAAUCAGGAUGCAGCCACAGACACCCAGUGGCCCCACCCUCAGUGGGCCUGGCAAACCCCUCUACCCGGGUAACUGGGUUCUGUGUGCAGUGGGGCCCCGAGUCUCCAGCUUGUGCUGAUGGAGAGGAGCAUGUGUGAAACUGCAGAGCCGGAAGGGGACAGCCAUGGAGGAAGAGGCUCCCCAGCUUCUCUUCAGGGCAUGGAAGGGAGUGCAGUUUAUGGAGCCCACUCCAUGCUGCAGGCCUGGUACGGUGUCUGGGGUCUUCACCUCACUCUGUGGAUGUUCUUGGCCCAUUUCACAGAUGAGGAAACUGAGCCCCAGAGAGGUUCAGCACCUUUCUGAGGGUCACACAGCUCACAUAGCAGAACCAGUGUGAUGAAUGUAUCAUACCCAUUUCUGCUCUGAUGGAGGAAUAAUUAAAUGUCACUCUGGGUGGGGGAAUGAACUGUCUUGGGACAGGAGGAGUGAGGGUCCCUGGGCAGUGAGGCUGCCUGGUUGAUUCUCAGAAACUACUUUGAUUCUCCUCUGAGAUCCAAGACCUAGACCCCUUGCACCACCCCCCAGGGUAGGGAUAGGGCCAAGGAGGCCACUUGGCCAUGGAGAAGUGGGCCCAUGCCCCCACCUCUCUCCUCAGGCGGUCGUGCGGCUGGCAUGAGGGAAGGCACUUUGCGAAGGGCUGUCCGUGCACAUACGGGGUUAUGGCUGCUCGGCGUGGGCAGCCAGCAGCUCUUGGUGGCAGGGACUUCGACUCACACUCGGGCUCUUUCCUGCCCAAGAGCCUAUGGCCCUGUCUGUCGCCUCCUCCUCCGGCAGGCGGGAGAAGGGAGGCUGGCGGGGAGCUGCUGGGGUGGGGGGUCCUGCCGGGUGCCAGGCCGAGCCGUGUGCCCGCAGGUGGUGAGCUUCAGCAGUCUUCGGGCGGACGCCUCGGCACCCUGGAUGGCGCUGUGUGUGCUGUGGUGCUCGGUAGCCCAGGCCCUCCUGCUGCCCAUGUUCCUCUGGGCCUGCGACCGCUACCGCGCUGACCUCAAGGCCGUCUGGGAGAAGUGUGUGGCCCUCAUGGCUAACGAUGAGGACUCGGACAAUGAUACCAGUCUGGACGGUGGCGUUCCCCCGGACCUGGUGCUGGAGCACUCCCUCGACUACAACUAUGGAGGUGACUUUGUGGCCCUGGACAGGAUGGCAAAGUAUGAGCUCUCGGCCUUGGAGGGGGGCCUGCCCCAGUUCUACCCGCUGCGGCCCUUGCAGAAGGACAAGAUGCAGUACUUGCAGGAGGGCAGCCCGGGUUAACCCCGCCCGUCCUGACAGGUCCCGCCCACGCGACGCCUCUCCCACGACGACGCGGAGGUGUGGGCCGCCGUCCCGCUGCCCGCCUUCCUGCCGCGCUGGGGCUCGGGCGAGGACCUGGC